CUCGAUCUCUUCAUAACUCAGUCUUUCUCAACCAGUUACCUCACUUCCCAUCACUACUCUCUCUCUCUUUCUCUCACCUUUUUCUCUUGCCUGGCCUCUAAUUUUUCCUUUCGAGAAGAAAGCAAAAGAAAAUAAUGCCGGGGCUUGGUGUCGGAGAAACUCCAAAUGGAGAGUCAUCGGACUGCCCUGUUUUUUCGAAAGGUGGCCCUCGAGAGACGCGUGACUUGCCAUCUUUAUUGUCUUCUUCCUAUCCUAUUACUCUCAAGUUCAUAGACGUGUGUUACCGACGGAAUAUAGAGAACAAGCAGAAGCGCGGUGUUAAGUGCAUCUUUCGAGAAGGUCCCACAAAGUCCGAUCAAAUAUCAACUGCUUCAAUUGAAGAACGAACAAUCCUGAACGGAAUCACCGGCAUGGUGUCCCCCGGUGAAGUCCUGGCCAUCCUAGGCCCAUCAGGAAGCGGAAAAUCGACGCUCCUCAAUGCACUUGCAGGGAGACUCUACGGGAGCGGCUUCACAGGAGCAAUCCUCGCCAAUGGCCGUAAACUCAACAAAACCGUGCUGCGGCGAACCGGGUUUGUGACUCAGGACGAUGUUCUCUACCCCCAUCUCACAGUCCGAGAAACCCUAAUCUUUUGCUCUCUCCUCCGCCUGCCAAAAACUCUAUCCAAAAAAGAGAGAAUAUCAAUUGCCGAGUCAGUGAUCGCCGAGCUGGGUUUGGUAAAAUGCGAAAACACGAUCAUAGGGAACAGCUUCAUACGUGGGAUAUCCGGUGGGGAGAGAAAGAGGGUGAGCAUAGCUAAUGAGAUGCUGAUUAACCCUAGUUUACUGAUACUGGACGAGCCCACGUCGGGGUUGGACUCCACCGGGGCGCACCGAUUGGUGUCGACGUUGGGGUCGCUGGCUCAGAAAGGGAAGACCAUAGUGACGUCCAUUCACCAGCCGUCAAGCCGUGUUUAUCAGAUGUUCAACUCGGUCUUAGUUCUGUCAGAGGGAAGGUGCUUGUACUUUGGGAAAGGGGGUGAGGCGGUGCCCUACUUUGAGUCGGUUGGGUUCUCACCGUCUUUCUCCAUGAAUCCUGCGGACUUCCUGCUUGAUCUCGCUAACGGUAUCUGCCAGCUUGACAGUGUAAGCGAAAGAGACAAACCAAUCAACAUCAAGCACACCCUCGUUUCUUCGUACAACAACUUGUUGGCUCCUAAGGUAAAAGCUGCAUGUAUGGAAACCUCCACCAAUACAACAACGGAGGCGCGUUAUGUUGGAAGCAACUCUCCAAAAGAGCAUAGACGCUGCAAUAGAACAUCCCUUUCCACAUGGUUCAACCAAUUCAGCAUUCUGCUCCAUAGGAGCCUCAAGGAAAGAAAACACGAAUCCUUUAACACGUUGAGAGUCGUCCAGGUAAUCAUUGCUGCAAUAUUAGCUGGUUUAAUGUGGUGGCACUCGGGUUUUCGAGAAGUUCAGGAUCGUCUAGGCCUCCUCUUUUUCAUCUCCAUCUUCUGGGGAGUCUUCCCGUCGUUUAACGCCGUGUUCGCCUUCCCUCAAGAUCGUGCCAUUUUCAUGAAGGAACGGGCGUCGGGAAUGUACACUCUUUCAUCCUACUUCAUGGCUCGGAUUGUGGGAGACUUGCCGAUGGAACUGAUUCUUCCCACAAUUUUCCUUACCCUGACAUAUUGGAUGGCCGGACUUAGACCCACCCUGGAAGCUUUUCUAUUGACUCUGUUGAUUCUGCUCGGCUACGUCCUCGUUUCUCAGGGUCUUGGCCUUUUUCUGGGCGCGGUUAUCAUGGAUGCCAAGCAGGCUUCUACGGUGGUAACGAUCACAAUGCUAGCUUUUGUAUUAACUGGUGGAUAUUACGUGCAUAAGGUGCCGUCUUGCAUGGCUUGGAUCAAAUAUAUCUCUACCACCUUUUACUCUUACAGGCUCCUGAUCAACGUCCAGUAUGGAGAAGGGAGGAAAAUCUCGUCUUUGAUGGGUUGUAAUUCCCAUCAGGGACGCGAAAGAUCUAGCUGCAAGUUUAUUGAAGAAGAUAUUGGAGGGCAGAUUAGCCCUGUUUUGAGUGUUGGCGUCUUGCUGUUGAUGUUUGUGGGAUAUAGAUUACUGGCCUACAUUGCGUUGAGGCGUAUCAAAGCAGCUUGAUUUCUGCAGUAGUACUACUCUUGAUGAUCUGCUGCUUCUGCUGGAGUGAUCAUAAUUGUAGUUUUUCGAAUGACUGAAAGGACAUGAAGAGCAUCGAUACACAAGCGCAUCGAGAGCUCAUGUUGUUACCUCUGCUUAAUUAAUAUCUUUAGGUGCCA